AUGGGCACAGGCAUCGUGUCCAUCCUCCUCAAUACCCUACCCUACAAUAGCGACUGGCUCCACUAUAUCUCUAUCGUCAUCUUCGCCCUGAAUGUCUUCCUGUUCUCCAUCGGCAGCAUCAUCACCAUCCUCCGGUAUACGCUGUAUCCGGAGAUUUUCGCCCUCAUGAUCACUCACCCUGUGCAGUCGAUGUUCAUCGGCACCAUCCCCAUGGGUUUCGCGACCAUCGUCAAUAUGUUCUGCUUAGUUUGCGUCCCCGCCUGGGGGGAAUGGACUCGGAACGCCGCUUGGGGCAUGUGGAUCAUCGAUGCCAUCUUCUCCGUGAUAACGGCGCUCUCUCUGCCGUUUUUGCUUAUGGCUCGCGGCAACGAGAUUCAACUCUCCUCGAUGACGGCCGUGUGGCUGCUGCCCAUUGUCACCUGCAUCGUUGCCGGCUCCUCCGGUGGCAUCGUAGCGGGCGUGCUUUCUAACCCGCAGCAUGCGCUGUGGACCAUUAUCUGCUCGUAUAUGCUGUGGGGGAUCGGACUUCCACUGGCGAUGAUGGUCAUGGUCAUCUAUCUGCAGCGACUCACGCUCCACAAAAUCCCUCCCAAGGCGGUGAUUGUAAGCGUCUUCUUGCCACUGGGCCCAUUGGGCCAAGGGGGGUUCGGGGUUCUGAAACUGGGACAAGUCGCACACAGGAUCUUCCCUCAAACCGAUACGCUGGAAGCCUCGUCCGGGGAGACGGUCCACACAGUGGGAUUUAUGAUUGCGCUCAUCCUCUGGUCAUUCGGGCUCGUCUGGCUGUUCUUCGCUCUAGCAUCCAUCGUCCGAUGCAAAAGUUUCCCUUUCAAUAUUGGAUGGUGGGGGUUCACGUUUCCCCUCGGGGUAUUCGCCACCUGUACGUGCGAGAUGGGAACGGCGCUCCCAUCGAGAUUCUUCCAAAUCCUGGGCACGGUGUUGUCGCUCUGUGUGGUCGUUUUGUGGAUCGUGGUGAGUGUGGGGACAUUGAAGGGAGUGGUGUCGGGGCGCCUGUUUUUCGCACCCUGUCUGGCAGCGUUGAAGGCGAAGGAGGAGGGGAAGGAGGAUGCCAGUAAGGCGGCAUGA